CGCCCGCCGGAGGGGAGUGGCCGCGGGGGCCGGCCGCUCGGUCACGUGUCCGGCGGGGGGCGCGGGAAGGGCCGGGGCGAUGCUGCGGCUGCUGGAGAAGCUGCCGCCGGGACGGGCCCUCGAGUUCCUUCAUAAAAUAAUUGAUGGCGUAUGUGGCCGCGCAUAUCCUCGAUACCAGGAUUAUGGCAGUAUUUGGAGCUUGUCAGAGUGGAUGGAGGUUUUAGAAGACACAAUGAUGUAUUUCAAAACUGCAGUUGGCAGAAACAUAUCUGAUGAAGAGGCUGCUCAGCAGAUUAAUGAGUUAAAUUCAACCUAUCAAGAAGCAAUCACAAAAUGUCUAAAAGGCAGAAAGGAAGAAAUCAGGAAUGCGCUAGUGGAAAGAGUAAAUGCAAUCUCUUCUGCCCAGCUGCAGGAUUUUGACUGGCAGUUAAAGCUUGCUCUCUCCAGCGAUAAGAUCGCCAUGCUGCAAAUGCCACUUCUCAAUCUUGAUUUGGAUGUGAGAGAAAACGGUAAAAUUAAAACAAUUUCUAUAGAAAUGAAUAAGGAAGAAUUGCAGAACCUAAUAAAUGCACUGGAAGCCGCUAAUAAGGUUGUCUUGCAACUGAAAUGACAGAAUUCAGAUCAACAGUAUCUGCUGGCUAUGGCUUCCCAGUUGACUUGAACAAGAAAAAAAAAAAAGUUCUCUGCAAAGCCAAAAGGUGUUGAUGCUGUAAAAUACUGAAAUGAGAAGGCCGUUAUGACUUGUGACCAAAUAAACUAUUAAUCCUUUGCUGAAAAUAAUAAAAUCUUGUAUCUGUUUGACCAAAAAUAGAGAAAUCCAGUGUACAGUUGCUAUUAGUACUAAAGGUUUAUAGAAUUAUGGAAAAGUACUACUUAGGAUGUGUGCCAUAUUUGUUCAGCAGUGACUGCACAGGUGCCUAGUAAAACUAAGGUGUCUUACUUGCAUAAUGUGUUAUCCUUAUCUGAGGUGCCAUGAUAAUGAAGAACACGACAGAGUACUUAUAGCAUUCAUGUCUUUAUACUUGUAAAUAAACACUUGAUUCUGUGUGUGAA